GCACAUUGCAGUUGGCCAGUGAGGAAAGAUUUUUUCUGUUUUUUUUCUCUUUGGUAGGGACCUGCAGCAUCCAGAGAGAAGAGAAGCUUCCAAACCUUAAUGCUGGAUAUCUGAAUUUCUCUGACUUCUGCUGACCGCCUUUUUGAAUCUGCCAUUGUGACAAAACAUAACAGCUGUCACAAUGUCAAGAGUUGCCAGUCUGUCGAAACUGCGACAAGAGAGGAUGAGGGAGAUCAACCUACGGAAUAAAGAAAGAGAGCGCAUGAGGGAGCGAGAGAAGGCAGCGAGGGAAAGGGAGGCACGUUACAGCAACGGUCACCUCUUCACCUCACUGACAGUAUCAGGAACCACACUCUGCACAGCAUGCAACAAGAGUAUUACCGCCAAGGAGGCACUCAGCUGCCCUACAUGCAAUGUCACCAUCCACAACCGCUGUCGAGACACUUUGCCAAACUGUGCCAAAAUGAAACUGAGGCAGCAGAAGACGGUCCUGUUGAGGAAUAACUCAGCCUUGCAGAAUGUCACACUUCGCAACAAAACUCCAGGAAUGCGUGAACGUCCAACUUCGGCCAUCUACCCUUCGGACAGCUUCAGACAGUCCCUGCUGGGAUCCCGGCGUGGUCGCUCCGGCCUAUCCCUGUCCAAGAGUGUCUCCACCAACAACAUUUCAGGGACCCUGAAUGACGACUCUCCCCUUGGGCUGCGCAGGAUCCUGUCCCAGUCCACAGACUCCCUCAGCUUCAGGACCAGAGCUAUGUCAGUGGAGUCCCUCAAUGAUGACGGAGACAACUACUAUACUUCAGUGUUGGAGGAGCUGGAGCUGGAGGGCCAGGACUUUAAAGCAGACUCCUGGAGCAUGGCCGUGGACAGCAGUUAUUUGCAGACACAUCGCAAAAAUGUCAUCAAGAGGCAGGAUGUCAUCUAUGAGUUGAUUCAGACAGAGGUGCACCACAUGCGAACGCUGCACAUCAUGGAACGGGUGUUUCGGCAAGGCAUGCUGGAGGAGCUUCAGCUGGAGUUCAGCACCGUGCAUGCCAUGUUUCCCUGCCUGGACCAGCUGAUCAGGAUACAUUCUCAUUUCCUGGCACAGCUGCUCUUGCGGCGCAACAACAGCCUGCAGUCCGGAUCCAGCCACAACUUCACCAUUCACCAGCUGGGGGACAUACUACUAGAGCAGUUCUCAGGCCAGUGUGCGGAUGACAUGAGGAAGACCUACGCUGAGUUCUGUAGCCGCCACUUAAAGGCUGUUAAGUUGUACAAGGAACUGCUGGCGAGAGACAAGAGGUUUCAGUGCUUUAUACGGCGGGUGAGUCGAGGACCCUUACUUCGUUGCCAUGGAGUUCAGGAGUGCAUCUUGUUGGUGACUCAGCGGAUCUCCAAGUAUCCUGUCCUUGUUCAGCGCAUUCUGGAAAACACCAUCGAGGAUGAAGAAGAAGCCUCCUUUCUGGCCCAGGCUCUCAUGAUGGUCAGAGAUCUUCUCAGUUCAAUAGACCAGCAGAUGGAGGAAUUGGAGAAAACACAACGGCUGCAAGAGAUCCAGGCCAAGUUGGACCCACGGGCUGAGGCCAGAGUAAGGGAUGGUGGACUUUUCAAGCCCGGAGAGUUGUUCCGCCGGAGACUUGUCCAUGAAGGGACCCUUUACUGGAAAACUCCAGGAUCAAGGCUCAAAGAUAUACAGGUCCUAUUGAUGACAGACAUUCUGGUGUUCCUGCAAGAGAAAGACCAGAGGUACAUCUUUCCAAAUAUGGACAAACCUCCAGUACUGUCCCUCCAGAACCUGAUAGUGAGGGAUAUAGCCAAUCAGGAGCGAGGCAUGUUCCUCAUCAGCGACUCCUCUCCUCCAGAGAUGUAUGAGUUCCACGCUGCCUCCAAGGAGGACAAGAAUGUCUGGAUACGCCACAUCCAGCGCACUGUCAGCAGGUGCCCUUCAAGAGAGGAGUUCCCCCUAAUAGAAACUGAACACAAGGCCCAUCUGAGGAGACUCAAAGCUGACAUCCAGCAGAAGGACCGGGAAAUGCUGGAGCUCCUGCAAGAGAGGGUGACUCUGUUCUGUGAGCUGGCAGAGGUGACAAGCGGUCAGGAGAGCCUACAGCCUGCCAUCACUCGUUACCUGUUCAGGGCAGACACGCCUCAAGCUCCCCGUGCAGAAAAACUCCUACUGGAUGCCACGGCUGAAGUGGACAGGUUGAGUGAGCUCCUCCUGGGCUCCAGUGUGGACAUCCCUCUUCUGUGUCAUCACAGCCACAUGGAGGUGGUAGAAACCUGUAAUCAGGAUCUGUUGGUCAAUGGAGCCCACGAUUUCUGUGCAGCAAAGGAAUGUAUGAGGAAUCAAGACAGGCAGCCACCCACGGAGAUCUGUCAGAGGCUGGUGAAUCUCAGCGUUUAUCUCCAUGCGCUCCAGGGUGCUGUCAUCAAACAAGACUCCAUCCUGGAGCUGCUGCUACAGCCACAGGACAGCACGGUGCCAGCCGCAGGAGGAGUGUGGCGCCCCCACUGGCGAGACGGUGGAAAUCGGGAGGCCAGUGUGGGGUCAACCAUCGGGGAGCUGGCUCUUUUGCAGAGACAACACAGCCUGCUGCAGGAAGAGCUGCUGAGGCUGCGAGAUGCCGAGAGCCGGUUCAAGGACAGCGAGAGGGCCCGGGCCAAGCUGGAGAGGCAGGUCCGACACAUGAAGGUCUGCAGCGUGGCUCCAUCUGCCUCCCAGGAACUGGGAGAGCAGGCUUCUCAGCCUGCGACUCUGCAACAACCUGUCAUAACCACUGCUGACGCCCCACGGGCCAGGCAAGAACCUGUCCGCCACCAGUCAGACGGUCUACAUGAUGGCAGUGAUUUGGAGGUAGACGUGACGUCAGAUGAUGAUGAUGAUGAUGAUGGGACAGCAUCUGAAAGCUCCAAAGAUCUUCAGGAUAUUCCAGAGGAGGUCUGAUCCUCAGCGUAUCUCACAGCACAGCACAUUUGAUUUUAAUAUAAACCCGACUGACUCCAACAAUGUCUAUAUUUUCUGCAAGUCUUAAUAUUUAUUUUAGCUGCUUGGCUUGGCUUGUGACAGUGAGUUGUUUUUAUUUUUCACUUAUGCUUUUGGAUUGUAUGGAUUUCCAUUAUUUAAUUCCGUCACUUGACUAAAGGGGUGUGGAAAAACAGAUAUUGCUAAUAUGGUCAAUAUGGCUGAUGGUUAGGGCUCCAGUUGUUUUCUACACAAGCAUCUGUAAUCUGUAACCCCCCUCCCCCCCCCCCUCUGUCACGAAAAUGUUAAAUGAUCCAAAACUGUACCACCUUACAAUAAUAGAAUUAUUUUGAAAUUCAGGUGUGGGGUAUUUGAUCCUAUGUGUAAUUAAUAACAAACAGUUUCGAUUGAAAACACAGACUCCAACCUCAACGCAACAAAUGCAGUGAAGGCUAACUGCAUGAACACGCCUAUAACAGAACCUGUGGACACCACAGCUGCCUCUAUUUUGGCCCGGGUUGUGUUUAAUGCGGCAUGGUUGCACAUGGUGAGGACCAUGAGACUUCAUAAAGAUGGAGAGGGUACAAGAGUAUCCGAAGCUGACGCACAGAUGCAGCAGUGGUUGGGAGCAGGGGCGUGCAGAGGAUGUUAGAGGGCCACGGGCCCUGUCUGUAGGCUGUUGCUGAUGAUGAGCAUACCCUACAAAAAUACAGUAGAAUGAAUGUUAUUAAAUUAUGCAGUUACUGUCUGUAUACCUACCAGAAGAAUCUUAAUGAUUUAUUAUCAGCUGUGAUCUUAGAUCUAUGGGCAGCAAGAAGGUUCUGGGUUUGAAUCCCCCAGUCAGCGUUUGCAUGUUGUCUCCCCAUGCUUGCCUGGAUUCUCCCCCAUCUUCCUCCCAUAGUCCCAAGACAUGCACACCAGGUGGCUGUCCAUUGGUUUUAAUGUGAACGUGGAUGUUUUGGUUUUGUUUUGUUUUUUGUCUUGUUGUAAUAAGUCAGCCCUGAGGGGUGGAAUCCUUCAUCAUUAGGGUUAAGAGUCUGUCAAGACUCCUAACUCUGAUGCAACUCAUCUCUUCACAAUAUGUAAGCAAUAUAAAUAUAACAGCGGGCAGCUCCAUUAAACAUGUAUGAACUAAUGUUACUGCUACUCUGCAUCAAGAAGAGGCUUUUCUUCCCCUCUCCUCUGAUUUUAGGCUCAAAGUAGCUUUUAUCAGUAUUUUUAUAACAAUAAAGGAGAAUGUGAAAACAAUGUGACAAUGUGAAAAGAACCACUCAUGAGAAUAAUCAGCUGAAUCUGCAGCUCCCCUUGGCUUUAUGGAGCUUUACAGUGAGUUUCAGUGCAUUGUUUAUCCACAACUUUGGGGUCAGGUUCACUCUCACCGCUCUCAUGGUGUUGUUUUCAGCUGGGUUCUUCUGGUAGACAUACCAUUCUCAGCAGCAAACGGCAGACAGACACAGUCAGAGAGCAGCUGGUGAACAUAGAGGAGUAUUUAGCAGCUAAAGAGCCAGGUAUUUCCCUCAGGAGCUGGUGGAGACCAAAAACAGAGUUAAAAAAAAAAAAACAUUUGAAUUUUGUGAGGGAAAAACUGCUUUUCGUGCUGCAAACCGAGCAAACUGUGUCUGUCUGUUUAUUAUCUGGCCCUUCACUAACUGUUGAUUCAAGUAUAAGAAGCAGAACACUGGCUAACUGUGGCCCCAGUUUGUGUCUCUCACACAUAUCUGCUGGUUGUGCUGGUGUUAGCAAGACUGACAAGGUGUCUGAUAAGGAAAGUUAUUGUGUAGUUUGAUAAGUACAUGAACAAGAUUCAUUCCUCUGUACCUGCAUGUGAACAAAACACAUGAGCCCAUGAUGGGCUGACAAAGAGUAUUGUCAAUUGUGAUAAACAGUAAUGUACUGACACUCCCCCACAGACACACACACACACACUGGGGAGACUCUUGUACAGAGCAGGUAUCCACACAGUGACUCAGAGGGCCACAAAUAUUCUUCUGGUGACUGUCAAAGCUCCACCAGACUCCCUGUCUCUCCAGCAGAGACGCAGAGAGCUAGUGGCUAGUUAUCUCUGACUCCCAUCUCUACAUCUAUACAUAGUCACGGGGCCACGCCUCCUACAGUUGUGCCUCUGUUGCCUUUUUUUAAAUAAGCUGGGAGGAGACGCUUCUAGCACAUUCUGAGGGCGUAGUGACCUUUCAAUGAUCCAGAUGCUGUCCCUGACAAACAGUCCUCCAAACAACAAAGUAUCAUUUCUCAUUGUCUCCUGUUUUCUGAUCAGUAGUCCAAAAACCAGUCCAGAGGUCAGUGCCUUCCGAAAUCGUUAGAAAUGACUGUUAUAAGAAUGAUUCAUGGGUUUUGGGUUUUUUUUUUUUUUAUCUGAUAUGCCACCACUAUGGUUUAGGUAGGCAAAGUGCUUGGUUAGUGGGGCUUAAGGAGGACAUCACUGACUGUUGGUAGGAAACAAACAGUGGUUUGGUAACAGACUUUGUUAUCCCAUUGUCUAAUUCAGCAAUCACUUGCAGAGGUUAUGCCAUAAUUCCAUAUUUGGACAUGAAUAAUGAAACUUGUGUUGAGAACUAAAGUCACACAACUAACUUUUGUUUAGUGAGGGCAACUUCCUACUGACACUGAACCAAGAUCCAGAUGAAAGGAACAAUCUUGGAGCGAGACGGUUCUUCUGUGGUUCCUUUGUUGUUCACACCUGUAGUUCACACACUUAUUGGAAUGAUGUCAAAGCAGCCACGUGACGAUGGACUCUUCAUGCUCCUCCUUCAUCGGUUUCAGAUGAAAUGAGUGUGUUGCUGCUUUUCUCUCUCUGAACAACCACUGCUGCUGCUGCAGACUCUGAAGCCAUAGCCGACUCCGAGGGGAUUUAAAAUGUAGUCAUCUUGGUUGGGUGUUUUGCAUGUUUUUCAACCUGUCUUCAUGAUCUGUCAACCUUUCUACUGGCUGCAAUAGAAAUAAGCUUUUAGCCUUAUUGUGUUCUAACUUUUAUUGAAUGUCAGCACUGGCUGAUUGCAGUCUGCUCUAUCUAUCUAUCUAUCUAUCUAUCUAUCUAUCUAUCUAUCAGGGUUUGCAUAUUCUAUGAUACUAAUUUUUUCUAUCAGUCACCAAGAAGGUGGUGGCAAGCCUAAACUCGCCUGCCAAAUCAAUGUAACCUUAUCUUCAGGGCAUAGCUUUACCGUGGAGUUUUGUAUAUGGUGGGAAUAUGGUGGAGAGUGGUCUGAGCGCCUGUUUGAGUUGAGAAUCAAAUGUUUCCGUGGCUGCCAAAAGAUUGUGAGUUUUUUCCACAGUAAUCCUCAUAUGAGAAUUUCCCAACUGUAGAUUGUACUUUUCUGAUAUGAAUGUAUUUUAAGGCCACAGUGUCAGUGGCCUCUCUGGAAUACGAUAAAACAGCUUUUGCUUGCUAAAAAAAAAAAAGGCAGGAUAAGGAAAAGUGUUGAUGCCAAAUAAUGUUCAAAGCCAAGAUAAUAAUGAGAUGUAUGAGAUAUUGUAAGCAGUAUAAAGUAUUAUUUAUUCAGCAGAACAGUAUUUGUCAUGUGACAGUGUAAGGUCUAACCUAAAACAGGGACUGUACUUACUUUUUGCACACUCUUUUGUCAUUCAUGUGGAUUGUAUUAUUAAAUGAAGAAUAAAAAAAUUGUAAU